AUGCCGACCGAGCUCGAAGAACUGGUGGAGUUCCUUCACCACGGGAAUACCCAGAUUCGACAGAUUGCCUGUGAGAACCUCGUCGGCUUCUCUACGGCACAGCCCGAUCUGUUUAAGCGACACCAAUUACUCCCCGUUACCGACCUGAAGCUCCUCGCUCGAGACUAUUCGCCCAUCGCGAAAAAUGCCUUGACUAUACUCAUCAACCUGUCCAGCGAUGACGAGAUCCUGACAUUCCUGGCCAAAGAUGACCAGUUCAUUGAGGUGCUCUUGAAGAAAUUGAUGAAUACCAAAGAUCCGAAUGUCGAUGAGGUAGCCAUGCUACUGGCCAACCUUGUCAAGUCCGAUCACCUCGAAAAACUUCAUUCGUUGAAGCGCAAGGCCCCCCAGUCCGUCUCCACGUCCGAGAACGCCAUCGACCAAUUGAUGGACUGCUUCGUAAAGGGUGCGGAGGGUAGUCUCAACAAGCAUGCCAACUACGACUAUCUAUCCUAUGUUUUCGCCGACCUUUCACAAACCGAAAAGGGACGAGCGUAUUUCACCACGCGACAGGAGUACGACGGGGUCGUCCCUAUCACCAAGCUGACCGUCUUUACGGAACACAAAAGUGACAUCCGUCGGAAGGGCGUGGCAUCCACCAUUAAGAAUGUGGCAUUCGAUGUUGCCUCUCAUCCAAUGCUUUUUGACGAGGAUGGAGUCAACCUGCUGCCUUAUCUUCUACUACCCAUCACGGGCCCAGAGGAAUUCCCCGACGAAGAGUCGAUGUCGAUGCUGCCAGACCUCCAAUUACUGCCCCCGGAUAAAAAGCGCGACAGUGAUCUAACCAUCAUCACGACACAUCUGGAGACUCUGUUAUUGCUGACCACGACCCGGGAGGGCCGAGACAAGAUGCGUGCCGUGCAGGUGUAUCCCGUUAUUCGGGAAUGCCAUCUCAACGUGGAAGACGAUGAUGUCCGGGAAUCUUGUGACCGCCUUGUUCAGGUCAUUAUGCGUGAUGAGGAGGGUGAAGAGGAAAAGAAUGACACUGAGUUAUCAAAGGCUCAGGCUCAGAUCGAAGCUUCGCCAGCGGAAGACGAAGAUGAGAAACAGCGGAAGCUGUCUUGUCCCCCGAACCCGAGGGGUGAGUGGCUUCCCGCAUCGGACCGAGUUGAGUUGCCCGACUCUGACGUGUGCGACGAUGGAAGCCGCGACUCGCCUGAUCCCCUCGUGAACUCGCCCGACCAUUCGUCGUUCGCUAAGCGAUUCCAGGCAAUGAUGGCGCGUACUCCUCUCAUCCGCUCAUCGCCCGCGCUGGGUUCUUCAUCUUACGGCGCGGUGCGCAUUUCGCAGGAGUCUAACGACGAUGCUAAUCUUGCCGCUCGGUCGAAUACACGCAGAGUAUCUAAUAGGUCAUUGCGUGCAAGCUAUGAGAACUGCCCAGGGGGACCCUCUAAUGGUGGUAGAAGCUCAAGAACGAAAAGAUCACAAUCCUCGAACAGGCGAAAAAGCAGUUCACUGUACACGGAAGGUCACAAUCGACGACCCUCGGCUGCCACCUCCGACAUUGGAAUGGGUGCCGAUUCAAAAUACUCAUUUGCAACUGGUCUUGCCGUGCCAGGGAAUCCUGUAAUGCAGGAGACCCCGUCACGAAACCCACAGAUGAUGAUCCGCCUGAUAAUUCACCCCCCUCGCAUGUGGUUUCUCUCGCUACUUUUCUCUCUCACGGGCUCCGCUGCCAAUCUUUUUUUUUCUCUCCGCUACCCAAGUGUUGCCAUAACGCCCAUCAUUGCGCUUGUUUUAGUUCAUCCACUUGGGAAAUUCUGGGAUUUACUUUUUAAGAGAACGAGUGAUCCCCUCGAAGUAUUCGAAAAUGGCGCUCUUCACCAUCGAGAGUCGCUUUGUGGCGACCUUGACGCACCAAAAACUCCCUGGAUGUCAAGGGUGCGGCAGUGGUUUGCCCAAGGUCGUUGGAAUGAGAAGGAGCAUGCGUGCGUCUAUAUCAGCAGCAACGUUUCCUUCGGCUUUGCUUUUGCAACUGAUGUAAUCGUGGAGCAGCAUAAGUUUUAUGAGCAGGAGGUCCCCAUAAUGUACCAGAUACUGCUCAUCAUUUCUACUCAAGUCCUGGGCUACGCGUUCGCUGGUCUCACCAGACGAUUCCUUGUGCGCCCAUCGGCUAUGAUUUGGCCCGGAACUCUGAUGUCGACUGCUAUGUUUACCACGAUGCACAAGACUUCCAACAAAAAAGCCGAUGGGUGGAGCAUCUCUCGAUACAAAUUUUUCAUCGUUGUGUGGGGAGGUGCUUUUCUUUGGUACUUCGUCCCGGGCUUGCUAAUGCCUGCACUCAGCUAUUUCAGCGUCAUCACUUGGUUCGCUCCGAAGAAUGUCGUGGUGUCGAAUCUGUUUGGUGUUGCAUCUGGUCUUGGGAUGUUUCCUUUGACUUUUGACUGGGCUCAAAUUGCGUAUAUUGGAUCUCCAUUGCUUACUCCAUGGUGGGCCGCCGCCAACAUUGUGACCGGUCUCGUGGUGGUGAUUUGGAUCAUCGCUCCUAUAUUGUACUAUAAAAAUGUGCUCUUCUCAUCCUACAUGCCCAUCCUGUCAGCGGCAGUGUUUGAUAACACCGGGCACCCAUACAACGUGAGCCGUAUAUUGACUUCCGAGUUCUUGUUCGACCAGAAGGCCUACGAGGAGUAUUCACCGGUUUAUCUCCCCAUUACUUAUGUGUUGUCCUAUGGUGUUCAAUUUGCUGCCCUGACUUCUCUGGUCACGCACACCGUCUGCUGGUAUGGCAAAGACAUUUUGCAUCAAACACGCAAGGCCUUUGAGGAAAAAAGGGAGAUGCCUGAUCUCGAGACAUAUGAGCCUCUUCAAACGGAAAACGGAUCUCGCCCUAUUCGUGGCAGUGAUGAAUUGUCGAGAGUCAGCUCCCAUGAUCCGAACAGGGAGAUGCCCCUGGGCGUGGAAGAUGUCCACUGCCGCUUGAUGAGGCGCUACAAAGAUGCCCCGCUCACUUGGUACCUCAUCGUGCUUGUCACAAUGCUGGCCAUCGCCACUUACACUGUGGAGCACUACCCGGUCCAUUUACCAUGGUAUGGAUUAUUUCUGGCCCUUUCCAUCACGAGUGUGUUUUUCAUCCCGGUUGGAAUCAUCAUGGCUGUCACCAAUCAACACAGCAGUCUCUAUCUGAUCUGUCAGCUUCUCUGCGGCAUCGUCUUCCCCGGUCGACCAGUUGCAAACAUGAUAUUCGUGACUUACUCCUACAUUAGCUCGGCUCAAGGGAUCAAGUUCUCCUCAGACCUGAAGCUCGGCCAUUACAUGAAGAUCCCACCUCGCAUCCUAUUUGGCGUGCAGAUGAUGGCAACCCUAGUUUCCAGUUUAACCCAGAUUGGCGUACUCAACUGGAUGUUUGCCUUUAUCCCAGGCUUGUGCACUCCACAGGCGAUGAAUGGGUUCAACUGUCCUAUUGCCCGGGUACAUUUCAAUGGUAGUAUUCUUUGGGGUGUGGUAGGACCUCAGCGCUUUUUUGGCCCUGGGGGUCUCUACCGACCACUUGUAUGGGCGUUCUUGCUUGGCGCGAUUGCACCACUGGUGGCUUGGCUUCUCGGACGACGGAGCAAAAAGAACAUCUGGCGCAUGAUCAAUUUUCCUAUUUUGUUCGGCAGUCUCAGUUGGAUCCCACCGGCGACAGGAUUGAAUUUCUCUGUUUGGGCUGUCGUUUGUUUCAUGUUCAACUAUGUGAUUCGGAGACGAAAGACAGCUUGGUGGGAGAAGUACGCGAUGACUCUCUCGGCAGCAUUGGACUCUGGACUGGCAUUUGCCGUGAUCGUUGUUUUCUUUGCUUGCAUCUACCCAGGUUGGGUUGAUGGGUUCCGAUGGUGGGGGACGGAAAUUUAUAAACAGGGAUGCGACUGGAUUGCAUGUCCUUAUAAACAGCUGGAACCUGGGCAAACAUUCGGAAGGCGAAACAGUGCUCUCUCUGCGAUAUGUCGACUCCAACUAACCCCUCGAUUGGCACGCCAACAGGGUCGAAUGGGGCGUCGAAUGGAGCUCCCCCCUAUGCGAAUGCGCCGACCUAAAGCCGCCGACCCGCUUAAGACCAGUAAUACCUACUGGAGCUCCUCCUCCCGGCAGAGUUGCAACCAAGACUUUACCUACGCGACCCCCCCCAUCUCGAACGUCCAACAGCCCUCUCUAACGGGAGGGAUCUUAUCUACGCCUGUCAAGGCAGAACACGCGGUAAACGGGUUCAGCGGGCCGCUGUUGUCUCAAAAAUACGUCGACUAUCCGUUGGUGACGACAAAACGAGCCUUGCGAGAGGGAAUGAAAUUCCACAUCGCCCGGUUUGCCUCCAAACGAAGCGUCGACCCACGCGACGAAUCACAAUUCACACGACCGGUCAGGUUACAUCGUCGGGAUCCAAGAACACGAUCACAGGAUCCGAAUGCCGAGAAGAUUUUGGGACCCGAUGGUCAACAGCUCGACGAGGCGGAACGAGAAGUAUUGGAUGCUAGGCGAGCUGCUCGAGAGAAGGAGCGCGCUGAAAAUAUGGCCCAGAUCGCGCCCUCUGUGGGAUCACUUGGCAAACGACCGAACGCCCCCAAGGCGAAAACGCAACAGGUCUUCAAAUCGGACCUAACCCCCGAGGAAAUUGCGAAGGCGCGGAUUAAAUACGAGGAGGCGCUUCCGUGGCACCUUGAGGAUUUCGAUAACCGAAAUGUUUGGGUGGGUAACUACGAGGCAGCGCUAUCAGAAACCCAUGCCGUGUUCGUUCUUGACAACGGAAAGAUGCGAAUGAUUCCUGCCGAGAAAUGGUAUAAAUUCAGUGCCAAAAGUCAGUUCAAGGCGUUGACUAUUGAGGAGGCGGAGAAGUUGAUGUCAAAGCGAAUCAAGGACCCGCGCUGGUUCAUGGAGAAACAACAAGAGGUCGAACAGCAGAAGGAAUUAGAGCAGUUUGCCAAGCAGAGAAAGGUCUUUGCUGGAAAGCAAGGCGUCCUUGCCGGACGAGAGGGACUUGAGGCUAGUGAGAUGGAUUUCGAAGAAGACCGCUUUGCAGAUGACGAAGAGCAUGACGAUCUAUUUAACGAGCAAGACGAAGAUACCAAAGCUGCUGAGAAGAGAAUCAAGGAGGACCGGCUGAAGGCGAAUGUAUUCGAUCUCAAGGAAGAGAAAGACUACGAAGAAGAAGAGAUUCGCGAAAAAAAGGAGCGUGAAGCUCGCAAAAUCCAGGGCAAGAAAGUUAGAAAAGCUCUGAAGAAGAGAGAACGGAACUUUGACUACAGCAGCGGUUCCGAUGUAAAUCCUUACACUGAUGAGGAGAGCUCUGAUGACAGCGAGUCUGAGCGACAGAAGGAAGAAGAACGCAAGGCCGAGGAGGAAAAGAACCAGAAGGAGUCAGCAUCAUCCUCCAAGGGCUCCAACACACCUUCGGGUCGACCGAAGCAUACUGAUCCGCUGAAGAAAUCAUCCGCUUCUUUGAAGAGGCCAGGGUCACCUAAUGCCUCUGAUGCCAGUGGGACAGACACUUCUCGAAAGAAGAUGAAGAACAAGCAUCAGUCUUGGCAGCCAAAUCCUCAGCCAGCUUCUCGUCCUAUCUCUCCCUCUGCAUCACAGGCUGGCAAGAAGCGUGUCCGAAACCCUCACCUGGGCGGAUCCGGAUCUGGCAGUGAUGUUGAUAUCGGAAUAGGCUCUGGACCGGAGAUAAGUGAAAGCGGCAAGGUUAAGAAGCUGAAGCUCAACCCACCUUCCGCGACCUCUCGUGGUGGUACACCGCAGGGUUCUCGAGCUGGAAGCCCUAUUGCCGGCCGGGCCUUCUCUGGCAGUCGAGCCAGCAGCCCCGAGGGGACUUCUCGAGGUAUGUGUUCCAUUGACACGAGCCAAAUCGAUGGUACAGAUUCUGACUCGAGUGGAAAAGGUCGUGGAACGCCUGGGCCAACUGGAUCGUUCCCCACUCCCGCAGAGGUUCAUGCAGCUAUUCCGCCGUCGGGUAUUUUGACCGGUGAUCUUUCGCGAGCAUUCCGAUCUCGUCUUGGACCAUCCAAAGAGAACCACCAACGGUUCAUCGAGAUUGUUAAGAAAGUCAGUGUGUACGGCAAGGAAGACCGUAUGCUGCGUCCCGGUCCUUGGAAGGAGACUUGA